AUGCAAUACGCCUUUUAUGCGGGUAUAAUGUACGUAACAUUCGUCCCACUGGGGCCUUUUUUAAUGUUACAUGCAUGCGGUCAGUUAGAGAUCGUGAACAAGAGGAUAGACAAUCUCUUUACAGACUUAAAUGACGAAGUUAUUACGGAAAAAUUAAAGGAAAUUAUAAUACACUUGCAGCAAAUAUACAGUUUCGUAGACCUCAUCAGGGAUAUAUUCAAGAUAGCCUACGAACUGACGCUGAAAUUCAUGGUAGUUAUGCUACCCGUCACAGUUUACGAAGUUAAAGAGACAAUGCACCAAGGAGAAAUUAGUUUGGAAUUCUUUUCAUUCGUCUUUGGAACUACCCUCUUCAGCAGUACACCGUGCUAUUACAGCCAACUGCUUAUGGACAAGGUGAGAUCAUCGUGGCUUAUUUUCCAUUUUGCUGGUUUAAACCCGUAA